GCCGCGUUCAGUCCAUCGCUGCCGUGGCUGGGUUUUGUUGCUCCGUUGCUUUCUCCUUCCGCCUGUCGCCGCCCAUCGCGCCGCCAUGAACGGGCAGCUGAACGGCUUCCACGAGGUGUUCAUCGAGGAGGGCACCUUCCUCUUCACCUCCGAAUCCGUGGGCGAGGGACACCCAGAUAAAAUCUGUGACCAGAUCAGUGAUGCUGUCCUUGAUGCCCACCUCAAGCAGGACCCUGAUGCCAAGGUGGCCUGUGAGACGGUCGCCAAAACUGGGAUGAUCCUGCUGGCGGGGGAGAUCACCUCCCGGGCUAACGUGGACUACCAGAAGGUGGUCCGGGACACAAUCCGGCACAUCGGCUAUGACGACUCCUCCAAAGGUUUUGACUACAAGACAUGUAAUGUACUGGUGGCCCUGGAGCAACAGUCCCCGGACAUUGCCCAGGGCGUGCACCUGGACCGCAGCGAGGAGGACAUUGGUGCUGGUGACCAGGGGCUCAUGUUUGGUUAUGCCACGGAUGAGACGGAGGAGUGCAUGCCUCUCACCAUCGUCCUGGCGCACAAGCUCAAUGCCAAGCUGGCCGAGCUGCGCCGCAGUGGAGCCCUGCCCUGGCUGCGCCCCGACUCCAAGACACAGGUGACAGUGCAGUACAUGCAAGACCGCGGGGCAGUGAUCCCCAUCCGGGUGCACACCAUCGUGAUCUCGGUGCAGCACGACGAGGACGUGUGUCUGGAUGAGAUGCGUGAUGCGCUCAAGGAGAAGGUCAUCAAGGCCGUGGUGCCCCCCAAGUACCUGGACGAUGACACCAUCUACCACCUGCAGCCCAGCGGCCGCUUCGUCAUUGGCGGGCCCCAGGGUGAUGCUGGGCUGACAGGCCGCAAGAUCAUCGUGGACACCUACGGGGGCUGGGGCGCGCACGGGGGCGGCGCCUUCUCGGGCAAGGACUACACCAAGGUGGAUCGCUCGGCCGCCUAUGCUGCACGCUGGGUGGCCAAGUCCCUGGUGAAGGCUGGGCUGUGUCGCAGGGUGCUGGUGCAGGUCUCGUACGCCAUCGGGGUCUCGCACCCAUUGUCUAUCUCCAUCUUCCACUACGGCACCUCUCAGAAGAGUGAGCGGGAGCUGCUGGAGAUCGUCAAGAAGAACUUUGACCUGCGGCCCGGAGUCAUCGUCAGGGAUCUGGAUCUGAAGAAGCCCCUCUAUCAGAGGACUGCAGCCUAUGGCCACUUUGGUAGGGACAAUUUCCCUUGGGAAGUGCCCAAAAAACUAAAAUACUGAGAGAAAAGAGCAUUGUUAGGGCUUUUUCCCCCACUCCCGCGGGCGUAGGAUACAGAGAAGCCCGUGGGCUCUGGGGGAAAGAGCUCCCGGCCCCCCCCCACCCCAGGCUCCCCGGCCCCGCCAUUGUCUCUCACCAUCGUUUUGGUUGUGUGGGGACCAUGUGCCUCUCCUGGAGCCCUCCCAUUCGUGUCCCCCCGGAUCCCUCUGGAUAAUUUUUAACAAAUCUGUCUUUAUUCCGAGCUGUGAGAUGGAGAAAAAGGCCCAAGUGCCCUCUCUCACCCUUCCUCAUACCCCCACAGUCCCACUGUGGCAAGGGCCACCCCGUUUUGGGUCCCAGCAGUCCUGCCGUGGGGGGAUACCCAAUUUUAUCACUCUCCGUUCCCCCUUGACCCCAAAUUCCACUACAUUAGGGGGACCCCCUCAUUUUGGCUCCUACUGUUCCCCCCAUCCUGCUGCGAGGGGGCCACACAAACCCCUCCUUCUGGCUCUCUGUGUGUCCCCCCCACAGUCCCCAUUCCACUGGGGGGGAUAGUCAUUUUGGCUCCCCAAGUCCCACUGGUGGGGAAGACACUUCCCAUUCCACCUCCCCACCCCCCUGGGACCUUGCUGGUGCUGGGUUUGGUUCUUAACCCUCAUUUUUAACCUCUUUUUGUUCCAAAAAUGCACAUUUUUGGGGGACACGCUAAAACCAACACCCAACCCCCCCCCCGCGGGUUCAGUACCAGAGGAAAACAUU